ACAAGGUAUGCAUGGAAGAGUAUCUUCAAUAGGAUUUCAAUUGGCAGUUACUUACUCAAUUGCUCUAUGUUCUUUUAUUGAUAUUUAUUUAACGCCUGUUGUUUUAUAAACCAUUUCUUGGUUCGUACUUACAGUGAAGGACCAUGAUUUCGUCAACCAGCGUCUGUUUGUGGGAUCAUCACGUGCACUAUGGAACAGUUCACGCAGGUGUUUCGUAAUGCGCCACGCCAUUACCAACAGGCUAACCAUCUUACUGACUCGCACUUGGAUGUUACGCUGAGGAUAGUUGGUUAGCUUUAUAAAUCCGUUUUAUUUUUUAUACUUGUAUGUUUUUAUUCAAGUAGAGAUUGAUGUUGUACAAAUACAGUAGACUGUCGCAUAAUUUACACGUCACAAUGGCAAUGGAUCUGAGUGAGUAUUCUAUAGAGGAAGAAGCCGAGCGCGUGGACAGUUGGAUACGCAACGCGUCGUCACUUCAGGAUCAAUGGAGGCUACGUGACUUCCUGAAAGCGCUCGCAAUCUUGCCAGAAUCGUCGCGUGAUCUCUAUUGGCGAUACGUGCAGACUAUAACCGAAACAUGCUUGGAAAUAUGCCUCGCUCAUCUGCAAAUAAUACACAGUGUGAAGGAGGAAUUUUUGUUUCACAAUGUACUAGAAUUAGUUUGGAUGGCAUGCGCGUACGGAAGUGGAAGAAAAACAAUUGCCGCCAAAAGUAGAGGGAUAUUUCCGAUUUUUAUUCACAGUUUGACGCAAAACAUGAAACCAAACAAUCACCAUACAAUGGUGGCCCUGGAGAGUUGUGCGCAAGCGGACGGAGUGUCCCGGGCGAUAUACGCCAUCGUUCAUAACAUGUUACUUUGCAACGGCGAAGUUGGGUUUACAUCAAAACUUGACUUCAGCACAAGUGGUCUUUUGCAGUUAAUUGUCUGCUUUCUUCCCCGAAUAAAAAACACUGAACAUGGGGAAAUAUGUUUGCGAAUCUUAAAUAUUAUUACCUCUCCAGGAGCUGUUGGAAAGGAGUAUGUAGACACGGCAUCAGUGUUCAAGUCGAUAUCACUAUACUGUAAUGAUCUAAAGACCCACGAAGAAACAAGACGAUUAAGAAUUUUUGAGCUCGCUGGACGAGUUGGGGAGAAUCUUCGACGUUCCAAUGGAAUAAUAAGUCAUUACCCAGUGGGGUUGUCAAGUGAAAACUGGAACCGUCCUAUCCUGAAUAAUAACAAUGCUGAUGUACCAGUAAAGUGGUGUUCGCUCCCGACCUGUAAAAAGUCGGAUGAAAAUUCUGUAGUAACUUUGAAACUGUGUGGAAACUGCAAGUUAUCAAGAUACUGCAGCGUCCAGUGUCAACGACAACAUUGGGAGAGUGGGCAUCGUGAAAAAUGCUGCGUAAUAUUUUACGCGGCAGCAGCAGCUGAGUUUGGAGACUGUUCAUGACCAUUACUCACUACGCUAUGAUGAUAGCGGUUGUUGGGUUUCCAUUACUUUACCUUUUUUGACACUCUGCUGAGUGAUUUCAUUACCGUUAGCAAUGGCCAUUACGUCUUACAAUCACCUGUUUGAUAUCGUACUUCAUUAGUUCGCCAGCAAACUGAGCAAACAUACCAGAGAACUCAACCAACCGUUUAUUUUCAGUGCAGUUAUAAUUCUAUGAAAAUUUGUUAGUCUAAAGCCGAGUGCAUACUCUGUUGGCCGACACUUUGUCAUCGAGUACUCAGCCCCGCACUGUAUGGGCACGUUACGACGCGACGCCGUCUGCUGAUUUUUGGUGGCAGUCUGAGUGAGCGGACCGUCGCUGACGACAGUUUUCGUAGAAUCGCGUCGGCCGACCGUUGUCGACAGAGUGCGAUUGGCUUUAGGUGACAACUCUAUUUUGGGUUAAUAAUAAUAAGAAUUUCGAUUCAUUUGUAAUUGAUUCACAAGUCAUUAGUGUUAAUUACAUAGGCCUAUCUUUGUUCAAAAAUACAGUUUCGUUAAUCGAAACAUCUUACUGGAUAGUACUGUAAGUGCAUAUUUAUCAGUCAUAUAAUCACUUGAUACUAUUAAUCAAAUAUUAAGUUUAAUACAAUUAGACACCACAAAUGCAUUGACAAGAGUCAUUCUACGGUAUUUGGUCCCGGUUUGAUUUUCAUAUUAUUCAGUUGUUCAUAUUGUUGCUAUUUCUCAAGUGAUAUACGUCAUAUGUUAAUUACCAUUUUUCAUGCGAAAUUAUAUCUGAUAAUAGGAAGGUUUAGCAAGCGAUAACGAAAACGAUUACGUCAUACAUUUUUUAGUCAAUCCGUUCACUACCAUAGCAUAUCUUUCACAACGUAGGCCAUCAACGAUCUUAUUCAGCUCGUAUAUGUACCUUGCACCAUGGAGGAAUGUUUAAGGCAAGAAUAAGAUAAUGAAAAUGACGUACUCGUAUUCGCUAUCGUUUUCGUAAGCUUACGAAAUCUCCAUGUUGCUCAGAAAUCAGAUAAACGAUGAUAAUUUAUUGGUUAAGAUGCUAGUCUUCUCAUCCCAGGGUCAUUGGUUCAAUACAUGUGACAGCAGGACUUUUUCUCACGACUAAAAACCUCAUAAAAAGACUUCGCUAAUAAAAGCCUCACGUUAUUUCAUAUAUUUAAGAGGGCCCCUAAAUAUCAGUCGAUCAGGUUCCGCUGGAAAGGUCACCCUCUAUAAAUAUGGUUAAAACAAAUAAUAAUUAAAACAUAACGUUGAAUGCUCGGCCAUAAACACAUAAAUGUGUAAGUUAUUAAGUUAAAAUUAGUUCAUACAUUCCUAUAGGCCUAUUAGUUUUCCCCUUCGGAAAACAUGACUAUAUAAAUAUGAUUAUGUCAUGAAUUCUUACACGACCAGAUGGUUUUUCCUACAAACAUGCGAAGUUUUGUCGUCGUGAUAAAUAGAUUGGUAAUGGCCAAUUACGUAAAUGGAAAGGGCAGAAAAAAAUGUUAAUCAAAGUGCGUGUACAACACAAAGUGCGUGUACAACAAAAAGGAAUGUUAUGGCAGUUUGGGAAAUGUCACAUUGUAACGCAUACACUCGUUUGAAUAUAAAAGUAUUUAAGCAAAAAUAUACUGUACAUUCACAGUGAAGAAUGAACCAAUUACUGUAAUCUUAUGCUCGAUAAUGGGCCUUUCCGGUAAGCCCCGCCCCUUGGAUAUUGUUGCUAAGGUCCCACAAAACCACACGUGUGUUUCUUAGACACGCGCGUAUUUCUGGCACUGUCCUGAUUGGUCAGCUGAUAAGUUUGAUUGACACUCCGGAAAGAUUCAUUAUGCUCCAUUCAUAAUCACAAAUAAAUAUACCUUUCUCAUUUAAUGUAUUUAUUUCCAUUACGUCAAAGUACAUUAAAUUGCAAGAACUUAAAUAUUUUCUUCAAAAUUGCAAAUCAUUCCAAUUUACAACAGGAUGUUAAAGGAUUAGUCCUCUAAUUUGUACAGUAAUAAGAUUUAUUAUUUAAAAAAAGUAUUAGCAUAAGCCUAAUAGCAUAAUUUAUUCUAAUUAUACUCGCAAGUAUCAAUAAUAGGCGACGCAAGGUAUUAUUUUCAUAUCGUUUUGGAAUUUUGGAAAAACAUCAGAAUACUUAAUAAUUAUAAUAAUGCAUUCAUAGACACUGAUCAUUCUAAUUUAUAUGUAAACUAUAAUAUAUUUCAAAUGAUGUCUAUCCGUAUAUUAAGUAGAAAUUCCUGCACGGACGCCAAUUUGUGUAAAGCUUUUAUAUAACAGAGUAGUUUAAACGCGUUUUAAUGCGGCGCAAUAAACGCAACGCAUACUCUCGCUGCGAUUUUGUGCGACGUGUAAUACACAUGCAACAAUUGGCUGACGCGCAUGCUCAACUUUUUCGCAGGAGGUGGGAUCGGGGAAUUAGACAACAUAGAACAGACUUCUGAAGUUUGAUAGUCUAAAUCAGGCUUAAGAGUCGCGCAUUUUAUUCUAGACCUAUUUUAUCGUCUAUAAAAACAAUACGCUACUGAAGAAUAGUCUUAAGAUAAUAUUGUGAAAGUAUACUGUGUAAAUGUUAAAUAUGCUAUUACACAACCCCCUAAAAAAGGAGCACUUUUAAUGUUUCAAUUUGAUGAAUUUCAUUAUAACACUGUUAUGAUAAAAUAUACAUAAAUAUUAAAAAAUGGGUAUAUAACAGCAAAUGGUUGAUUACGAUAUGGCAGCGCAGAUUGACGGUGAGUUAUCGUCUGCAUUUGGUGCAUGUAAUGAAAUAAACUGAUCGGAGGAAGUUCAGUGCUUGUUUCGUUGAACUGAAUCAGUCAGACACGAUAUGAAUAUUUCAAAGUUUAUUUUCUAUACAACCAUGUAAUAUUAUCAUUCUAAUUGACAUAAACAUGAUAUGUAUCCCAUUUUACAUAAUAAUAUAAUAUAUAACUUGUCGUGCACAUUGCAACCGUAGGCCUAUCCCCGAUAUUUGCAAUGCUGUAAUGGCAAGGCAUAUUCUACAAUCAAAACUCUACUUUACCUACUUUUGACACUGAAAGUAUGUUUCUCCACAAUAAUUAAACGAAUCCAAUUGCACUGAAGAUAGGCCUACAUAUAAAUGCAAAAAUUAAGAUUAUAGGCCUAUAAUGGUAAUAUGCAAAAGUAUAUAAAACAUGAGAAUAUACACUUAGUACUACACGGGGUUGAAUAUUGAGGCCCACAAAAAAAAUCCCCUAACGCCUCAUGUCCAUAAGCUGCUAAUUUACGUGCAAUAGCAGCACUGAACAUAAUUACGGUAUGAUCGCUUCUCGUUCGUUACAUUGCGGAUCGUAUUUCUUAUACACAGGCCCUGAAUACAUAUAUAGGCCUAAGCGACAAAUUAAUCUAGGCUUAUGUUAAUUAUUAUCGUUUCAAAAGUAAUAAUUAGUAUUAUGUCCAAUCGAAUUAUUAAUAGAUAGUUAAUAAUGGCUUCAUAAUUUGACGAGACAUAAGCUUUCUUAGAGUAUCAGUAUUGAUAUUAAUUACCUCCCCUCAAAAUUCGUACUCACAUAAAUCCAAUUCCGAUAUCUUAUAGCAGGUGGGAGGGGGUGGGGGGUCUCCACAUUAUCUUUCACUUUUGAGGAGUAUCAAGCUUCUUGUUAAAACAGGACAGAACUGUUUACAUAAUGUAGGCCUGCACUACGGUACAGAUCUAUACCAUAACGGACCAAAAAGUUCCCAUCCCAGUUCAAAACAUUGUGGCCCGAGGCCAUAUUAGAAUAUCAUAAUCUUCCAGGUUAGAAUGUGUAUACGGUAACCAUGGGCCUCUAUAUUCCUUGAAUAUUCAAUACCAGAAAGGAAUUUAAGAAGAUCGAUAAAUGAUGGAUACGUUUAAUCAUGGUGAGGAUUGAUUAAUGAUGUGCGGAAUGAAAAUGAAAAAUAUAAAUUAAUGAUAAUAUAUGUGUGAGCGAUUGAGAAUUUUCUACUGAGUCAUCUGCGAAAUCGAUGAUAAUAAGACAGUUAAACUACACCUCGAGAUUUUUCAAGAGCUAUUAAUGUGAAUAUUCUACGUUUUAUAACAUUGUCUGGUUGAAUUGGUUGUGUUACUGGGUAUGUGAUGUCAUUAAAUUCUUUUCGAAAGUAAAUAUUGGUUUCAUAAUUCUUAAUCAGGCCUUUGUCUAGCUAGGCCUGUUUUAGAAAAACGAAUUUCUCGAUCUUAUGUUACCGUAAAACGAGCUUAUUAUAAAUGAUGAACACAUCCAAAAAUGUACUUCAUGAAAAUUGACAGAGCCGAACGUACAUUAAUGAUUAUAUGGCGUAUUGUCGUCAGUCCAAAUAAAUGUAAAACCAACAACGCAAAUCAUAUUUUUUUUUAGUAUUUAAAUACAAUGAAGCAAUUGAUUGAGUAUAUUUUCCUAAAAUAUGUAUUUUGUUAUUAUAAAAGAUGUCUUUAGCUCAUAUAUACAAAUCUUUAAGCAUCUAGAAAGUAAAUAAAACCUGAAUUUAUAUUUCACUAAGUUAUUAUUAAUCUCGAGUUGUGCUUAACUCCUUAAGUGGUACCGCAGGAGACUUAGAUAUAUCUAUUCACAGUAUUUAUAAUUGAAAACAAUAAUCUGAGAACAUAGAAUGAUGUAAAGGCAGUUGAUAAUUUAAUUCUUAAGAGAAUUAUUCGUUGUUUUGGAAUAAUUCUCUCCAGUGAUUUGAUUCAGUUGAGUUGAUUAAGUUUGCAAAAACUGUCUUGUGUUUUUAUUAUUCCCAAUAGACGUCACACACAAUUUGCAUUUUUCGUGUCAAUACUAUUGCGACGCAAACAGUCUGGAUUCAAAACCAUAUGUAAUAUAAUGAUUUAUAAAAUGUAUAGACCUACAUAAUAAAAGCCUAUAAUAGUACUUAGAACUA